CUGCCACCAUUGGCUUUUGUAGUGUUUCAUGUAUAACUAACAUAUCGACAUUUGAAAUUUUUGAAUAAAAAAUUAUAUAAAUCAUGAUGGUGUAAGAUAAAAGUAAAUAUAGCAUUACCAAUAAAUUGGAAAAGAUAUAUUUUGUACUGGCUACUGUAAAGACAGUGUUAGAUAUAAUUAUAAGUUGACAAAAUUUACGUUGUGUACUUUAUGAAACACUCCCCCAUUAAUUUGCCGGUCUUCCAUACAUGCUAUACGCAUGUACACAUGUGAGUAGCAUGCGUGUAUUCCACUGUAUUAUUAUACCGCACCCAUAAUUAGGAGUAAGUUGAUACGUGAGCUGUGCAAUAAAAUAUUUUUAAAAUGCAACAGAAAAAUAUUUUACAUGGUCCAGCUGAUACUAUUCCACAAUUUAAAAAUUUGUCCAUUGGACAAUUACUUUUACAACAACUAAACAUUCAUAAAUAUUGGGUUGCACAAAUAGAUGCUUAUACGGGAAAGGAACAAACAUUUAAAGAAAUUUUGGAUGACAGUCGGAAGCUAGCAAUUUCACUUAAAAAACAGGGAUUAAAGAAACAUGAUUGUAUCGCUAUAUGCAGUGAGAAUAAUGCAGAAUUUUGUAUACCAAUGUGUGCUGCAUUUUAUCUAGGUGUUACCCUUAGUCCGUUAAAUCCACUCUAUUCAGAGAGGGAAUUAACAUAUGCUUUAAACAUCACAAAACCAAAAUACAUUUUUGUAUCAACAGUUGGAGCGAUUAACAUGCUCAAAAUUCAUCCUCAGUUAUUCUGGUCGCCACAGCUGAUAAUGUUAAGAGAAUCAGAAAAUAAUAAGUUUCCCAGUAUGAAGGAUUUGAUGUUAGAUGUAAUUGUUGAUAGUACCUUCAACGCUUGUUCUGUGGAUAAUGAUCAUAUAGCAGUCAUUCCAUACUCCAGUGGCACAACAGGUCUACCAAAAGGAGUGAUGUUAACGAAUAAAAAUUUAUUAGCAGUAAUAAGGGGUCUUGCAGUUUUAACACCUGAAAUUUUGAAUACUAAUGUAACAACAUUAGCUUUGUUACCAUUUUUCCAUGCAUAUUCUUUCUCUGUACUUCUUGUAAGACUUGCAUUUGGAAAUAAGAGUGUCAUUUUGCCACGUUUUGAAGAAAAUAUGUUUCUACGAACUAUAGAAAAGUAUAGAAUUGAAUACAUAACUCUUGUACCACCUCUUAUGGUAUUUUUGGCGAAGCACCCUAUUGUAGAUAAAUACAACUUAUCCAGUGUGAAGGAUAUUUGGUGUGGUGCAGCACAUUUGUCAGAAAAUAUUGCAAAAAUAGUUGCGAAAAGAUUAAACAUAACAAAUAUUAAACAAGGGUAUGGAUUAACAGAAACUGCUCUGGCUGUACUUAUAUCACCAAGUAAUAGUACAAAUUAUGGAAGUGUAGGCAUACUAGUCCCUGGAAUUUCAGCAAAGGUAAUACCAAUAAAUGGGAAUGAAUCGAGUGAACCUCUAGGACCAAACGAGAUUGGAGAAUUAUGUUUCAAGGGAGAUUUAAUAAUGAAAGGAUACUACAAUGAUGAGAAAGCUACAACAGCCACAAUCGAUAAAGAUAGCUGGUUACAUUCAGGAGAUAUAGGAUAUUAUGACGAACAGUAUUAUUUCUAUAUAGUAGAUCGUUUAAAAGAACUUAUUAAGUACAAAGGAUAUCAAGUUCCACCAGCUGAAUUAGAAGCAUUAUUGUUAACAUGUCCUGGAGUUAAAGAUGCAGCAGUUAUUGGAAUACCACAUGAAGAAGCAGGUGAAUUACCAGCUGCUUUUAUAGUUAAACAAGAUGGAUUUGACAUAACAAUAGAGGACAUUGUUAAAUUUGUAAAUGAUCGUGUAUCGAGUCACAAACGACUUCGGGGUGGCAUCAAAUUUGUUGAUAGUAUACCUAAAACAGCAUCGGGAAAAAUUCUACGCCGAGCAUUACGAGAUACAUUUAAAUCAAAACUGUAAAAUUUCGAUAUUUAGUAGAAAUAUUACAAGCUUUAAAUCUUUUGUUGCUUUAUUUUUGUAUUCAUUUUAAAACAUUGAGACGUGAAAGGCUUUAAUUUGUCUUCAAUUAUGUAGAACUUAAAAGACUUUAAAACACAAUUUCAGAAUCAUUCUCCCCUAAUCUCGUGUUUGAAAUAUUUUGUAUUGAGAAAAAGCAUAAAUGCAUAAGAUAAAUCUUUCAAUUGAAAA